UCGCCGCGAUGUGGAGCUAUCGGAGCUCGAUUUGUAUCCUGGUGCUGCUGAUCGCCGGGGAAGUGUCAGCUCGCCUACCAAGGAUCCUGCCUCAGGAACUGGUCGAGGGCGAGGAGGGUGUCGUGGUGCGUGGAGAUUGUGAGUUCAAAGUAAACGGUGACCUCAAUGACCCUGUGCCACUUUUCUCGCGACACGAUGCCUAUGAAAUCAUAGUGCCCGAUCCCACGGAUACUGUGCGCUUAGUGAACGGUGAACUCCUGGAUAUGUUUUGUCCGGGAGUGGGAUUUGCAGCCCCCUUUGGAAACCGUUCCCAGGUGACGGCGCAGUGCCUCCAGAAUAAGUACUUUUUGGUGGACGGACUUAUCUAUCCGUUUGCCAACUUCACCUGCGCCGGUUGGCCAACUUUCAACGCCCUGCGGACGGGCAGGGACUGCAAUGGUGGCACCGAUCUGGUCCAGGUGGGAUUCGAGGUUGAGGACGGAGGCUUCCUGCAGAGCUACGAGCUUUGCCAUGACGCCGAAGCGGAAGCCACUAGAUACGUGCACCAUGUGCUUUACCCUUCCAGCUACGAUUAUCAGCAUGGGGUGUCCAGGCCCAGUUUCAUCGAACUGGACUUUUAUGGAGGUAGGGAUGUGAACACCAAGUACACCCAAGUCCAGCAGAAUAUCACCAUUAGCCAGAUCCUCGGCAUGGAUGCCUCGCCGUACUUUAACUUCACUGAAAACCGUAUCCUGGCUCGAGGACACAUGAUUGCCAAAACGGAUCAGAUCUUUGCAGCUCCCCAGAGAUCCACCUUCCUCUUCAUAAACGUGGCCCCUCAGUGGCAGACCUUCAAUGGUGGGAACUGGGAGAGCGUGGAAACCAGUGUGAGAAAGUUCGUAGCCGAUCGGAAUAUUACCACCGAUUGUUAUACGGGUACCUGGGGAGUGUCCACAUUACCGGAUGUAAAUGGCAUCGAGAGGGAGCUGUAUCUGGACUUUGAUGAGAACAAUAAUGGAUUGAUUCCAGUGCCCAAAAUAUACUUCCGUGUGGUGAUCGACAGGGCGAGUCUGGAAGGCAUUGUCAUUAUUGGAGUGAACAACCCGUACGUCACUCUCGAGGAAAUCAAGAAGGAGUAUGUCCUGUGCGAAGACAUUGGACAUCAAGUGAGCUGGCUGACCUGGGACAAGGAAAAUCUGGGUCUAGGUUAUAGCUAUGCCUGUACAGUCGAGGCCUUCACGGCAGUUGUUAAAGACUUGCCACUGGAAGAUCUGAAAACGAAUGGGGUUCUUGGACUGGAUGAGCCUACGAGUACUACAACUACUGAAGAGCCUAGUACAAGCACUAGUUCUACCACCACAGAGAUUUCUACUUCCACGACAGAAGAAUCUACAACCGAAUCCAGUUCAUCCACAGAACCCAGUACAGAGUCAUCGUCAACGACUGUAACAUCCACAGAAGAACCGUCUUCCACAUCGACAACUGUCACGUCCACACAAGAGCCAUCUUCAACUUCCACGACUGUUACAUCCACUGAAGAACCGCCUUCUACUUCCACAACUGCUCCAUCUACAACAUCAACUACGACAACUACAGAAACUACACCAACAACCAGUUCUUCCACAUCAGAGCCAUCGCCCACUACUGUCAGUCCUCCUGUGACUCCGGGAUCCACACCUCAGCCCAGUAAUAAUCCCUGUAGGUUUAGCAUAAAUGGAGGUCUCAAGGAUCCUGCUCCUCUGUUGACACCCCAAGGAGCCCUAAGCUGGCUGCUGCCCGACGAAAGCGGCGUCUACACCGUGGAAGAGGGUUCUUCCAUCGAUUUACACUGCACUGGAGCUCUGGUUAGUCCUUUUAAUCGAUUCACGGCUCUGACUGCUCGCUGUGUGGGCGAUCAGCUCUACGAGGCAGAAGGUCAGACGGCUAGCAUCCGAGGAUUCGUCUGCCAGAGUUGGCCAACGUACGAAGCAAGAAGGAUCGGAGAGUCUUGCGAAGGUGGCACUGCUCUAGUCCAAAUUGGAUUCGAUGUGGCGGCUGGUCUUCUGACACAGAUCGAAAUCUGCUACGAUCAGGAUGAGCAGAUCUCUCGAUAUGCCCGCUAUGAACUGACGCCGUCCAAUGUGGCCUAUCAGAGAGGCGUGGCUCAGCCAGGAUACCUGAGAGGCGACUUCUACACUGGCAAGGAUGUCAAUGUUCUGUACAGUCAGUCCAAUCAGCUGGAGGCGUUUAGCUCAGCCCUGGGCCUGGAUGCCAGUCAGUACUUCGACACCGUUCAGGAUCUCUACUUGACGAGGGGUCAGCUGGCAGGACGCAAUGAUUUCAUACACAGUUCCGCCCAGAGGGCCACCCACUUCUAUGUGAAUGCUGUUCCACAGUGGAGAAGCGCCAACAUAGGCAACUGGCUGGCCGUGGAGACCAGUCUGCGGCAGUUCGUGGCGGAUGAGUCGCUUAAUGUGAGUGUCUACUCCGGCAGCUGGGAUGUUGCCACUUUGCCGAAUUCGCAGGGAGUGCAGACGCCUCUCUACUUGAAUGUGGAAACCCAACAGCUGCCCGUCCCCAGAUUGCUCUACAAGCUGGUUAUCGAUCAGGAGAGUCGCAAAGGAGUGGUCCUGGUAGUGUCCAACAAUCCUCACAUCACUCUUGCUGAGACCUUGGAGGAUUACGUGGUCUGUGAGGAUAUUGGAACAGAGCUUAGUUGGAUGGACUGGGAUAAGACGAACAUACGUCAAGGAUAUUCCUAUGCCUGUGCGGUGGAUGACUUCAUCAAAGUGGUGAAGGACUUGCCUCUGGAUCAGCUAGAGACGAGUGGAGUGCUGGGAGUGGACACCAGAUCCGUGGACGAUGAGGUGUGCAGCUUUCGGGUGAACGGGGACCUCAAGGAUCCGGCUCCCUUGUUUGUGGUCAGGAGUGAACUAGGUCAUGCUCGCUACUUGGAGCCUGACCACGAAGGACUCGUCCAUCUAAAACACGGAGACGCCUUGGAGCUCCAUUGCAUCAAAUCCUUCACUGGACAGUUCAGUGGCUACUCCUUUGUGAAUGCCACGUGCUGGCAACAACAGAGCUUCCUUGCCCUGGGCAGUCACUACCAGCUACAGGAGUUUGUCUGCACCUCCUGGCCAACUUACACAGCUCGCAGGACCAAUCGUCCCUGUAACGGAGGCACCGACCUUCUAGAGGUGGGCUUCCAGCUAUCCACAGAUGCCUCUUCCUUCGAUGACUUCCUACAGACCUACGACGUGUGCCACGAUGAGCUGAGCGAGGUGACUCGAUAUGUCCACCAUGUCCUUUACCCAGGAAGUGCUCAGUACCAGCGAUCAGUCUCUAGGCCUAGCUUCAUUCCUGGAGACUUUUAUGGCGGCAAGGACGUAAACAAAUUGUACACGCAGUUUCAGCAGAAUAUCACAGUCACCGAGAUCCUGGGCAUGGAUGCCUCAGCCUUCUUCAACAUCAGCUCCAAUGUCUACCUGGCUCGCGGGCACAUGUCCGCCAAGACAGAUUUCGUAUUCGGGGCCGCCCAGCAGGCCUCCUUCUUCUUCGUGAAUGUAGCGCCUCAAUGGCAGACCUUCAAUGCCGGCAACUGGGAGAGGAUCGAGGACAGCGUGAGGAAGUUCGUGGCAGAUGAGAACCUCACAGUGGACUGCUAUACGGGCACCUGGGGUGUGUCCACCCUUCCGGAUGAGAAUGGUGUCCAGAGGGAGCUUUACCUUGACUUUGAUGAGAAUAAUAAUGGCCUGAUUCCAGUGCCCAAGUUGUACUUCCGAGUGGUAAAGGAUCGGGCUUCCCAGAAAGGCAUUGUUCUCAUAGGUGUCAACAAUCCCCACGUGACUUUGGAGCAGAUCGAAGAGGAGUACAUCCUUUGCCAGGACAUAGGAGAUCAAAUUUCCUGGAUCAGUUGGACCAAAGAUGAUCUUAAGAAGGGCUACUCGUAUGCCUGCACUGUGGAGGACUUUACUGCGGUGGUGAAGGACUUACCAUUGGACGAUCUUAGGGUGUCGGGUGUCCUUGGAGUCUAGUAUUAAAAAAACGAAUUUCCUAAUUUAAAACCAAUAAAAACAUUACACAAUCGGA